AUGAUCUUUUAAGAUCUUUCUGAUGAAGCAAAUAAAGAUUAUUCAUGGGGAGUAUGGACAAAAUAUUCAUCUAUAUACGAGCAAAUUGGGGAUUUUAAAUUAAAAACAAAUAAAAUGCAUGUACUAUCAGAAAGAUUAGAAAAAAAAAAUUAACUAGUUUAUUUUAUAGUUUUAGAUAGAGAGGAGUUAUUUAUAUAUCAUUAACUAUUCAUUUAUUCGAACAAUAAUAUUUAGGUUAGAGAAUUGAAAGUUGAUUAAUAAUUAAUUAAAGAGAAUUGGACUUUUUUCUACUUUUGUUAUUCACAAACAUCUUAAAUUUAUAAUAUAUUUCUUUAUAUUAAUGAAGCCAGAGAAAAUGUUUAGAUGAUUUCAGGAGGACCUUUUUAGAUUGAAAAUGAUGGAUUAAAAAUUUAUUAAUUGGGUGGAAGAUCAUAAUUAAAAUAUUAAAUUUCAAUAUUUUAGGAGGAGGAGAUUAAUUUGAGUUUAUUUUCAGGGGAAAUUACAGAUAUGGACUUAAGAAUUGGGUCAUCUAAUUUUUAUGAAGAUAUCCCUACUUUUUUAGAAAAUAUAGAAGAUACUAAUUGUUAAAAAUAAUAUUGUACAAAUCAAAUAAUAAGAGAAUUAAUAAUAGGAAAACAAUUCUUUAGAGACCAAAAGAAAAUUUCAGUAUCUUAUUUAGAUUCAAAGUUUAUGAUUUAUGGUUGGGUGAAAUUAUAAGAGUUAGAAAAUGUAAAAUAUGGAUAUAUUAAUUAGUUAUCAACAGUGACAUCAGUUCUAAUGAGAGCUAGCUUAAGAAAGACAUAUUUUGAUGAUUUAUAUCAAGGGGAUAAAGCUAUAUAUUGGGAAUAUUUAUAAAGUAAUUAAAAUAAUGAAUAAAAUGGAUUUACUUUUACAACCUAUCAUAAUGAUCCUUAAAAACCUUUAUCAACUUAUUAAUCUCUUGAUAGUGAUUCAUGGGUAGUAAGAGGAUAAUAUUAUUAAUAAGCCAUUACUUUUUGGCAUUGGUUUGUCUAUUAAGAAGGAGUUGAUGAAUAAAAUAAUAUUAAGUUAUCAAUUUAUUUUGGUUCAAAUCAAUAAAUGAAAACAUUUAAAAUGAGCUAAAAUCAUUUUGAGAAAUCUUCACUACAUUUCACAAUUGGUGGGGAUAAAUUUAAUAAAAAUUUUAGAGGUGAAAUUCGGAAUUUAGCUAUUUAAUAUUGUUACAGAAUCGAUACUCUUAAAACUAAAAGUAAAUAAUUUUAUUAAUAUCAGUUUGUCAUUAUAGUUGUAAAAACUGCUUUGGACCUGAAAAAAGCUAAUGUCUUGAAUGUGAUAAUUCAGCAAGAACUUUUAUUAAAGGGGAAUGUAAAUGUUAAGAAGGAUUUAUUGAUAAUAAGGACAAAGGAUGUUAAUGUAAUUAUCUAUUAUUAAAAGAAUAGCUAUUGCAUCAUUAAUUAAAAUUGAAAUAUAAGAAGCUAAAUUUAUAGAUUUAACUGACUGUAAAUUAGGAGAAUUUUUCGUAUCCCUUUUAGGUAAAUAUUAUUGUUUACCAUGUCCUGGAUAAUAUACUUCUUGGAGUUUGAACUGUGUUGAAUGUAUAUCUGAUCCAAAACAUUGGUAUUUAAAUCCAAUUUGUAAAAGUGAUUACUUUUAACCGUAAUAAGAUAAAAGUGAUUAUGUUUUUUUAGAAAUACCACGCAAUUUAAUUGAUUAUCAAUACUAUUUGAUUAAUUUACUAGAUGUUUCUGAAAAACCAAAUGUAGAACUUUGUUAAGGAUGCUUGGAAUAAACCUUUGAUAAUUUUAAUUUUAUUGAAAACUAUUAAUUGAAUGUGUUAUCCAGAUUUGCAUGUAAAACUUGUUAUUCUAUAAUUAAUGCUUAAUGCAUUAAUAUUAAUUAAAACUGCUUUAGUUGUGAUUCCUAUUUUUAAUGUUAGAAAUGUUUCGAAAAUUUUACUUUGUUUGAUGGUCACUGUUAUUAAUGCCCUCACUACUGUCCUAAUUGUAAAUUUAAUGAGACAGGAAUCUAUUGUUAAAGUUGCAUUUCUGGUUAUUUUUUUAAUUCAACCAUAGAAUAAUGCAUUUAAUGUGGUUAGUAUUGCUCUGUGUGUAUCUAUAAUUAAAACAUACCUUAUUUAUAAUGUGUAAAAUGUAUUGAUGAAAAAUAAUAUUUCAGAUCUGCAGAUAGAUAAAUGUGUCGAAAAAAAAAUUUAGAGAAUUGUGUCAUUCAAGCAGAAGAAUAUGUUGAUGAUGAACACACUAAUUUUACAGAUAAAGAUUUAGAUUAUCCUUAUGGAUCGACAAUCGAUAUUGAAUCCAAUUUACCAUCUUAAGAUACAUUUUAAGUUUGUAUUUUAUGUGAGGAUAAAUAUGUUAAUAAAUUAAUCGUGGUUUCCUCAAAUGAAUGUGUUCAUGCAAGUGAUACAAGCAAACUACCAGAUUUAAAUGAAGAACUCAGAAAUAAAGUCUUAGCUUCAGAAAAUUAUUCAUAUUAAUUGGCAUUUUCCGAUAAGUCUAGUCUAGAAACAAAGUAUACAGUAAUUUAUGGCGAACCAACUAAAAUACUGAUAUCUAAUUUUUCUAAUACAUCGUCUCAAAUUUUAUAUAACUUUAGCAGCGUUGUACUUUGUAUAAAUUAUCAGUACGAUGAUCCUUUACUAUAAUGUUCAGACCCUCAUUGUAUAGACUGCAUAAAAAAUUUUGUUUUAACAUAAGAGUUUUGUGUGAAAUGUCAAAAUGGAUACUAUGCAAGUUCUAUUACAGGUCUUUGCUACUUAUGCUAAGAUGAUUGUUAAGAAUGCCUAUUAUAACAUCAAAUUUAUAAGGAUGCAUGGAAAUGGUAAAUAAUACCAUAUUAUCAGUUCAGAAACAAUUUAUUUUAUAGUUUCCAUAAUUACAAUUUGUAUUGUGUUUCGACUGAUAACUCAAAGUAUGAAUAAAUAUGUACAAAAUGCAAAGGUAAAGAUGCUUUAUAUGAUGGUAAAUGUUAUAAAGAUUGUAAUUGUGAAGAAUGUAUAUUCCAAAAUGGUUAAAAUAAAUGUUUAAGAUGCAAAGAGUCUAAAACUUAUAUUAAUGGUGAAUGUGUUUUAUGUCCUAAUUAUUGUGAUGUAUGUAAAUAAUUAACAAGUUAAGAAAUUAAUUAAAUUAAUCCUUAUUUUGACCCUGAUAAUUUAUCAUUAAUAAGAUUUGCUAAAUAAUGUUUGUAAUAAUCAAAUAUUCCUCCUGCUAAUGGUUUUNAAAACAUACCUUAUUUAUAAUGUGUAAAAUGUAUUGAUGAAAAAUAAUAUUUCAGAUCUGCAGAUAGAUAAAUGUGUCGAAAAAAAAAUUUAGAGAAUUGUGUCAUUCAAGCAGAAGAAUAUGUUGAUGAUGAACACACUAAUUUUACAGAUAAAGAUUUAGAUUAUCCUUAUGGAUCGACAAUCGAUAUUGAAUCCAAUUUACCAUCUUAAGAUACAUUUUAAGUUUGUAUUUUAUGUGAGGAUAAAUAUGUUAAUAAAUUAAUCGUGGUUUCCUCAAAUGAAUGUGUUCAUGCAAGUGAUACAAGCAAACUACCAGAUUUAAAUGAAGAACUCAGAAAUAAAGUCUUAGCUUCAGAAAAUUAUUCAUAUUAAUUGGCAUUUUCCGAUAAGUCUAGUCUAGAAACAAAGUAUACAGUAAUUUAUGGCGAACCAACUAAAAUACUGAUAUCUAAUUUUUCUAAUACAUCGUCUCAAAUUUUAUAUAACUUUAGCAGCGUUGUACUUUGUAUAAAUUAUCAGUACGAUGAUCCUUUACUAUAAUGUUCAGACCCUCAUUGUAUAGACUGCAUAAAAAAUUUUGUUUUAACAUAAGAGUUUUGUGUGAAAUGUCAAAAUGGAUACUAUGCAAGUUCUAUUACAGGUCUUUGCUACUUAUGCUAAGAUGAUUGUUAAGAAUGCCUAUUAUAACAUCAAAUUUAUAAGGAUGCAUGGAAAUGGUAAAUAAUACCAUAUUAUCAGUUCAGAAACAAUUUAUUUUAUAGUUUCCAUAAUUACAAUUUGUAUUGUGUUUCGACUGAUAACUCAAAGUAUGAAUAAAUAUGUACAAAAUGCAAAGGUAAAGAUGCUUUAUAUGAUGGUAAAUGUUAUAAAGAUUGUAAUUGUGAAGAAUGUAUAUUCCAAAAUGGUUAAAAUAAAUGUUUAAGAUGCAAAGAGUCUAAAACUUAUAUUAAUGGUGAAUGUGUUUUAUGUCCUAAUUAUUGUGAUGUAUGUAAAUAAUUAACAAGUUAAGAAAUUAAUUAAAUUAAUCCUUAUUUUGACCCUGAUAAUUUAUCAUUAAUAAGAUUUGCUAAAUAAUGUUUGUAAUAAUCAAAUAUUCCUCCUGCUAAUGGUUUUAUAUAUCAUGAUGCUAGUUUAGGAUUAGAAGUGAAUUGUUUGAAUGAUGAAAAGCAACCAUGUUAUAAAUUUGCAGAAAAAUCUCUUAAUGUAUAUUGCGAUGAUGAGAAAUUUUAUUCAGAUUAUUCUUUGCUUUUAGAUUAAAAUGAUCAAUUUUAAUUCUUAGAUUAAAACAUUCGUUUAAAUGAAAUUUUUUCUUCAUAAUCUUCAUCCCAUUUUUCUCAUUAAGAAAUUGACCUCUUAAUAGAAUAAUUUAAUGAUUAAAGUGUUAAAUUAAUGAGAUACAUUCUAAAAAUUAAAUAAAACUCUGGACUAUGCAAAAUUGAGAAAAAUGCAUUUGUUUAUUCAAAAUUAAGGAAAAAUGUUUUUAUGCUUUAAUAUUUGGAACUAACAUUAGAAUCUUCUCUUGAUAUUCCAAUUUAUUUUGGAAACAAUGUUACGUUUCAAGAAUUUACUUCAAUCACUUUAAAAAAUAUACUUCUGGAUUCACAUUUAGGAACAGUACAGAUUUUCUGCUAAAAUCUUUAAGAUAUUAAAUUCACUUUAAAUAAUUUUAUUGUAAUAAAUGGUGAUAAUUUAUAACUACAAUUUGUCAUACAAAACCCAAAUGAAAUAAAUCUUAAUCGAGUAACUUUGAAAAAUACAAAAUUUGUAAAUAUUAAUGGAUUUGUAAGCUAUUUUUUUACUAAACCAAAAUUAGUUCAAUAACUAGUUAUAUCGAUUAAUGACUUUUUUAUUUAAAAUUCUUAGUUAUUAAAUACACAUAUUAUAAUUUAAAUCUUAAAUACUAACUAUGGAAAUCAGAUAUUAAAAAUAAAUAAUUUAAAAUCUUUAAAUAAUAAUUAUACUCAUUCUUAAUUAAUAUAUACAAGUUUUUUAAAUUAAAUUAGACAAUCUGAAAUUAUCAUUUAAAACUUUAUUUCAGAAUCUGACUAAUAAAGUGAAUCGAGCUUUUUUAUCUUAAAUGGUGCUUUAAGUGUAAUUAUGAAUAACACAAUAAUUAAGAACGGAAAAUAUCAUAAAUAAGCAACUUUAUUUAAAUUACCUUUAUUCAAGAUAUAUUAUUUAAAUAUCACAAACAAUACCUUCUUAAGUUUUGAUAAUUGCGUUCUCACCAAUAUUUUAGAUUCCUUAUAUGCUGAUAACAUAUUAGAAAAUACAUUAAUUUUAAACAAUAUCUAUUUUACAAGAAAUAUUUAUGUAGGAAGUAAUGCCUUUUUCUAAUUAAUAAGCAGCAAUAAUUUUUAAAAUUUGAACAUUGAAAUUGAUUAAUUGUACUUAGAUUCAAAUUAAUUUGAAACUUUAGGAAUAAUUGAUGGCCCAAUAAUUGCAUCUAAUGCCUCAAUUUAUUUAGAUGCUAAAAGAUUAACCUUAAAAAAUACUCAGAUUAUUCGCUCCUUUAAUUUACCGGAGUUUUCAAUAAAUAAUGCAGAUUUAGUUGAAGUUUCUACUUUCAAUAUAACUUUAAGUACUCGUUAUUUAUUUAAGCCUAUCCAUUCAUAAUAAUCUUGCUUAAAUACAAGUAUAGAAAAUGGAUAUGGAAGCGUUAUUUUAUUUUACAAUAUUAAAAAACUUCUAUUUAAAAAGGCACUAUUGAAAAAUUUAAUUACAACAAAUUCUCCUUUAAUUAUCAUAAAAUCUAUAGAGAGAACAAACUUUAGAGUCUAAGAAUCUAUUAGUAUUAUUGAUCAUAUUUAUCUUAACAACAGUUUAAUUACAACAAGAUUAUCUGAAGAAGUAGCUAUUUUAAGUAUUGUUUCUUAAUAAGAACAAACUAUAAAUUUAAAUGGUAUAAUUGCUAAAAAUAAUAUGUUACAUUGUUAUUAAGAAGAUCAAAAACUUAGAUCAUCCUCGACAAUUCUAGUAGUCACUCCGUAUUCACUAUAACUAUAAAAGAUUCAGUUUUUUCUGAAAAUAUUGCAACAGCUAGUCUUGGUUCAAAUUUAAUUAUUUUUAGCAGAUCAUUAACGAUAUCAAAUACAGAAUUUUAUGAAUAGAAUAUCUUGAAAUUUGGAAAUCUGAAAGAUAAAUUAAUUUGGGGUUAUUUAGAAGAUGAAUAAAUAUUCUUUGAACAUUUAUAAAAUGAAUUUCCAAUAAAAUCAAAAGGAGGAAACGGAUUCUUAUCUGCUGAAGAAAUUUAUUUAUUAAAUAUUACGACUAAUAAUUCAAUGGCAUUGCAAGGUGGUUCAUUUUAUUUAUUUACUGUUUCAAAUGGAAUUGUUAAAAUUUAAAAUUCAAAUUUUAUUUAAAGUUAGUCUAAUUUAUUGUUUCACGAUAAAUCAUAAGGUGGAACAUUAUUUAUAGAUGCAUCUUAAUCUAUGUUAAAUUUUUAACUAACUAAUUGUUUGAUUUAUGGAAGCUCAAGUAGAAAAGAAGGAGGAGUAAUUUUUAUUGAACCUUCUAGAAAUUAAAAUGAAAUAAUUUUUAAUUAGAAUAUUGUAUAAGAAAUCUAUUCUCUCUAUCAUCCUUUUCUAAAACUACCAAUUUAAUUCACUAGUAGGGCAUUAAUACUUAAUAUUAAGAUAAUUAAAACUUAUAUUUCUAAUUCUGAAUAAGGAUAUCUUUUAUUUUAUGGGUAGCUACGCGGAUUAAGUUAAAAAGAAAUUUCAAAUGCUUUCCAAAACUUCUUAAUAUCAAUUGAAGGCGGCACAAUAAUUUUAGAAGAUGUUUAUUUUAGUAAUAUCUUUUAAUUUGGAAUUAUGAAUGUUAAAAAUGCUCAUUAAAUUUUAAUGACUAAUGUUACUGUAUCAUUUAUAACAUUAAUAAAUGAUAAUUUGAUUCAUAUUAACUAAAAUACAAGUAUAUUCUACUAAUAAUAAUUUAGAAUACGAGACUUCCAUUAAAUUUACCAAUGUCUAAUUCGAAUCAAUUAAGGAAUAUCCAAUACCUUUAUCCAAUCCUGAAAUACUAUUAUCUUCAUUAGAAGUGAAAAUCAAUAAAUGUUUAAAAAAUUCUAAGGCUCCUGAAGAAAUUAAAGAAUUUUAUGAUUCGAAGUAAUUAGAAGUCCAAUCAAAUUACAAUUUUUACAGUAUUUUAAAAGUGAAAAAAAAUUCUUAAUUUAUAAUUGGAAUUGAUUCAGUUUCAAGUAAUCAUAAAUUGUUUUUUAAUGAAUUAAAGUUACAUUCUAUUAAUUGUCAAAGUUGUAAUGGAGGAAUUUUUUAAAUAACAAACAUAGAAGGAGGAAAUUAAAACUAAAAUUUAAUUUAAUUUAAAUAUUUAAAUUUGUUCAAUAAUAAAUGUGGAUUAUUAGGUUGUAUCCUUUUAUGUAGUUAAGAUAAGAAAUCAAUAAAAUUGUUUUCAUAUAAAGUAAAUAAUAAUAGGCUAUUGGCAGACACUUCAUAAUUGAGUGAAUUAACUAUUUUUCCAAUAAAAGUUGAAGAAGGUAAAUUUUAUAACAAUGAAGCUUCAUUUGGAGGAGCCUUAAUAAUAUCAGGAGUUAGUUGUCUAAUUAACAAUUGCUAAUUUACUAAUAAUACUGCCAAUAUUUCAGGGGGAAGUAUUUAUUUUGAUUACAAAAUGAAUUCAUAAUUUUUAAUUUUUAAUUCAAUUUUUGCAAGCAAUAAAGCAAAAAUUGGUGGAGCUAUCUUCAUUGGGAAUUACUCUCUGAAUUCUCCAAAAAUUUUGAACAAUACCUUUUCAAAUAAUAAAGCAUUCAUUUUUGGAAGGAAUCUUGCAGAUUAACCAAUAAAAUUAGUAUUACAAGUUAGAUAAAAUAUAAUUGAAACUUUUAAUGUAGUCUAAGAUUUAAAUAAUAUAACAGAUAUGAUAAAAGUUACUUAAUAUUAUAUUGGCGAUUUUAAGCAUGAUUAUAUAAUGAUUCCAAGUGGAUAAUCGAUAGGGAAUUAUUAAAUUUUUGAUGAAAAAGAAUAAUAAUUUAUUCCUUAUAAUUUUACUUUUAGAAUACUACCAAUAAACAAAGAAAAUGAUUAAGUUUAGGCAUUAUAUGGUAGUAAAUGCAGUAUAAGAGGGAGAUAAGUAAUAAAUAAUACAAAAGGGGAUUUUAAUUAAAAUUAUAUUAGUCUUACAGAGAUUAUUUAUAACUCAAGUAGUCAAGAUUACAAUUUGGAUGAGUUGAUUAUAACAUUUGAUCCAGAUUUAAAUAAUUAAGGAUAUCUUUAAUUAGAAAUAAUGUGUGAUUCAAUAAAAAUACCAUAAUUUUUUGAAGAUCCUCCAUAUUUAUUGAAAAAUUAUUUUACAAAUUAUAGAUUAUGGAUAGAUUUACAAACAUUUUAAUGUUAAAGAGGUGAAUAUAAGACAGAUGAUGGUAAAUGUAAAUUAUGUGAGUCUUCAUAAGAUUAAUACACUAUUAUAGCAGGUUAACGAUGUAAAAUAAAAGAUUAAAUUAAAAUGGAAAAUGUUACUCCAGCAAGAAUAAAGUUAAGGCCUGAAUAUUGGAGACCAUCAGAAAGUAAUGAGAUUAUUGAAUAUUGCAUAAAUCUACCUGAAAAUUGUAUUGGAGGUUGGAAUCCUGGAGAUGACCUUUGUAAUUAUGCACAUAUUGGAGCACUUUGUGAAUAGUGUGAUAUUUAUAAUGUAAGAGGAUAUGGUCAAUAUUCGGUUAUAACAUAAUAUUAGUGUGGUAGUUGUUAAGAUGUUGAUGAUAAUACUAUCAAGAUCAUUUUAAUUAGUUUAUGGACAAUGAUUUCAAUAUUCUUAUCUGUAAGAGGCACAAUUUAAGGAGUCGAAAAAAUGGUUGCAUAAUAUAAACUGAAUAGAUUUAAAUCAUAUUAAUAUGAUUAAAAAGCAGGAUAUGGAGGAGUAUUAAUUAAAGUUCUUACAAAUUAUCUCUAAAUUAUAGGUGCUGUUACUCUAUUUUAACUUGAAUUGCCUAGUGCUCUUCAAUCUUCUAUGAGAUCAGUUGGAAAUCCUGUUGAAGCCAUGAGUUAUUCAUUAGAUUGCUUUUUAGCAACUUUUACAGAUAUAGAUAUUAUAUAUUUUAGAAUGAUAUGGGCUUUAAUAAUGCCUCUGUUUUACAUUUUAGCAUUUGCUCUUAUAUAUUUUAUAGCUGUUGUGCUAAAUAUUACUUCAUCAAAUAAAAGUGCUAUUACUACUACUGCCAUUUAUUUAUUUACCUACUUAUAACCAACCUUAUUAGGUGGAUUCAUAUCAUUAUUAUCUUUUCGUCGUAUUUCUGAUAUUUACUGGAUUCAAGGAAAUGUUGCUUAUUAAUAUAGCACUUUACAGCAUUUUAAAUGGGUUACAGGGUUUGUUCUUCCGUCCACUUUAAUUUUAGCAAUUUUCAUUCCUAUUUAUAUGUUUCUUAGUUUGUAUUUCUAAAGAUUUUAAUUAGAAAAAGAGAAUACAAGAAAAAAUUGGGGUUAUUUAUAUAAUGAAUAUUAACAUAAAGCAUAUUAUUGGGAAAUAAUCAAAAUUUUUUAGAAAGGAUUGAUGAUCAUUUUUUUAACUUUUUAUGAAGAUUUUAUUAUUAUUAAAGGUUCAUUAAUAUUUAUGAUUGUUUUUAUUUAUAAAAUAUUAACUAAGUAAAUUAGACCUUUUAAAUUGCCAUAUUUAAAUCUAUUAGAUGAAGCCUAAACUAUGAUUUGUGGAACAUCUAUUGUUAUAGGAAUGACCAUUUAUUAAGCCAAUAAAUCAGAUAACUAAGAAAUUAUCUGGCCAUUUUAUAUUCUCUUAAUUAUUAUUAAUGCCAUCUUUAUUAUUAUUAUUGUUUGGGAAAUCUUAUGGGCUUAAAUAGAAGACCAUUAAGACAAACUCGACAAGUUUAGAGAUAAAAUUAAUAAUAAAUAUCCUUUCUUAAAAAAUUAAAAUUUCUUAUUGCGUAGACUUUUAAGAAAUAGAAGUGAAUAAUAACAAAGAGUGAAAAUAAGAUAUAUGAAAAUAAAGAAUUAUUUGAUGAGGAUCGUCCGUCAACAUCCUGGGUUUUAUUAACAACAAACAGUUGCACCAAUCAAUAAAUAAAGCAACACUUUUUAAACUUCUGAGUUUUCUUUCUAUCGUACUCCUGUAUAGAUUGAAAAUAAUAGUGUUUAAAAUUACCCUGGCUAUCCGAUAACAUCAAAUAAAAUAUAUCCAGCUUUAGAUAUAAUGUCAUAAGAUAAUAGUAUUUCCAAAUAAUAACAAUAACAAUAGCCAUAAAAAUAAUAAUAAUAAUUAGAAUAACAAUAAGAAUAAUAAUAAGAUAAUAUUUGA